GUCUGGUUUUGAGCAGAGUCUCAAAGUCAGUCGCUGUGCUCAGUGAGUCCAUCGUUCUCGGGUCAACCCUGCCUGGUCCCGUGGGACGCCUCCACGUGCAGCCUUCCCGCCAUGGCCACAGUUGAACAGAGCAUCUGCCAAGCCCGGGCCUCCGUGAUGGUGUAUGAUGACAGCAGCAAGAAGUGGGUGCCGCUCAAGCCGGGCCAGCAGGGCUUCAGCCGGAUCAGCAUGUAUCACAACACUGCCAGCAACACUUUCCGUGUGGUGGGGGUCAAGCUGCAGGAUCAGCAGGUUGUGAUCAAUUAUUCAAUCGUGAAAGGGCUGAAGUACAAUCAGGCAACACCAACCUUCCACCAGUGGCGCGAUGCCCGCCAGGUCUACGGCUUGAACUUCGCCAGUAAGGAAGAGGCGGCCACCUUCUCCAACGCCAUGCUGUUCGCCCUCAACGUCAUGAAUGCCCAGGAAGGAGGCCCCUCCACCCAGCGGCAGGUGCAGAAUGGCCCCUCUCCUGAUGAGAUGGACAUCCAGCGAAGGCAAGUGAUGGAACAGCACCAGCACCGCCAGGAGUCUCUGGAGAGGAGAGCAUCGGCCGCAGGGCCCCUUCUGCCAGCGGGGCACCCAUCAUCUGCAGCCAGCGCCCCACUCACGUGCAGCGGGCCUCCACCCCCGCCCCCACCACCCGUGCCACCUCCCCCAACUGGAGCCACCCCACCGCCCCCGCCCCCACUGCCAGCCGGAGGAGCCCAGGGGGCCAGCCACGACGAGAGCUCUGUAUCGGGACUGGCCGCUGCGCUGGCUGGGGCCAAGCUGAGGCGAGUGCAGCGGCCAGAAGAUGUGCCUGGAGCCUCCAGUCCCAGCGGAACCUCCAAGUCAGAUGCCAACCGGGCGAGCAGCGGGGGUGGGGGCGGAGGCCUCAUGGAGGAGAUGAACAAACUGCUGGCCAAGAGGAGGAAAGCAGCCUCGCAGACAGACAAGCCCGUGGACAGAAGGGAGGACGAGAGCCAGACGGAAGAUCCAAGUAGCUCCCCAUCUCUGGGGACCCGAGCAUCCAGCCAGCCGUCCAACUCCUCAGAGGCGAGCAGGAAGCCCUGGGAACGGAGUAACUCAGUGGAGAAGCCCGUGUCCUCGCUCCUGUCCAGAACCCCGUCUGUGGCCAAGAGCCCUGAAGCUAAGAGUCCCCUUCAGGCGCAGCCUCACUCUAGGAUGAAGCCUGCAGGCAGCGUGAAUGACGUGGCCCUGGACGCCUUAGAUCUGGACCGGAUGAAGCAGGAGAUCCUGGAGGAGGUGGUGCGUGAGCUGCACAAGGUGAAGGAAGAGAUUAUUGAUGCCAUCAGGCAGGAGCUAAGCGGGAUCAGCACCACGUGAGGCGGCAGCAGCGUGGCGCUGAGACGGCGGGCACGCCAGGGGAACCCCGUGGGAGUCUCCGGCUGGGUCGACUCUGCCGCCCCCAGACCACGGGGCAGCCACUGAACUGCCUGCUCCGGUCAGCAGAGCCCCAGGCCACUUGUCCUUUUUGUACUUUCUAUUUGCUUAUUUAAGUGUACGUUCCUUUCGGUUUAUAGACAAGACACCCCUCAAUCACCUGCUUCAUUAGAUGGUUUCCGAGUCCUCUCAUUGGGGGUGCCCUCAGCGCCCCUGGCCGGCAGAGCCGGUUCAGCGCCUCUGUGUUCCCGACCAUCAUGGUGUUGAAACGGUCUGUCCAUACACCAGUGUCUGUGCUCACGUUAAUAAACUCACUGUCUACACUGCU